CAGAUCCGGUGGAAGCGAAUUCUGAAUCUCUGCCGACCAAAAGGGGCUAGAACGAAAAGACGCUGACCUAGUGGGAGAGGAGGGCGGGGACCCAGAGGAAAGAGACACUCAGGGUUGGGGAAGUGUUAGGAGGGGAGGGUUAGCGUGGGAGGGAGGGACACUCUCAGAGCUGUCGGAGCGACGCAAGGAAGGAUAAAGAAAGGGGAGUGAGAAGAAAGAGGGAGAUUGAAAGAGAAGCGGGGGGAGAGAAGGCUUUCUAGAGAGGAGACUGGAGGAGAGAGUGGGAAAGGGAUAGGGAGAGAAGCAGGAAGAGGAGAGUCAGAGUGACCUUAGAGGAUGAGGCUUCUCUAUUCCAGAUACUUCUAAGAUUGAAGACUGUUGGCUAGUGGGGAGACUCCGACUCCGGCUCCGGCAGCCAGUUGGGCAGCGGCAAAGUAAAAUGGACAGCGAGAAACAGAUGUUCCAGCCACCUCUCCAACGCCCAGAGGUCCCGAAGCUCUUCUCUGGCGAACUCCUUUCCCAGCUGGAGUCUCUGAGCCUGCUGGACCCAGCGAGCCCAGGGAGCUCCUGGAAGCUGCUCCUCGGAGAUGCCCUCGCCUGAGCAGUAAGAACUUCCUGCUUGAGUCCCUGCAUUCCCUCCACCUGAAACUCCCCAGGAGAGAGGGGUGGAAGACCCCAGGGGGAGGGGCGAGGGGGAUCCUAACGCAGCACUUUCUCCCCCCCCCCCUCCCCUCCCCGCCGGGCGCGCAGGCAUGGAUGUACUCAACCCGGGACAGGGCAACAACACCACUUUGUCCGAGGGUCCCUUCGGGACUCGCGGAAACGCUACUGGCAUCUCCGACGUGACCUUCAGCUACCAAGUGAUCACCUCACUGCUGCUGGGCACGCUCAUUUUCUGCGCGGUGCUGGGCAAUGCGUGCGUGGUGGCCGCCAUCGCCCUGGAGCGCUCCCUGCAGAAUGUGGCCAACUAUCUCAUCGGCUCUCUGGCUGUCACCGACCUCAUGGUGUCGGUGCUGGUGCUGCCCAUGGCUGCGCUCUACCAGGUGCUCAACAAAUGGACGCUGGGGCAGGUCACCUGUGACCUAUUCAUCGCCCUCGACGUGCUGUGUUGCACCUCGUCCAUCCUGCACCUGUGCGCCAUUGCACUGGACAGGUACUGGGCCAUCACGGACCCCAUUGACUACGUGAACAAGAGGACGCCCCGGCGCGCCGCUGCGCUCAUCUCGCUCACUUGGCUCAUUGGCUUCCUUAUCUCCAUCCCGCCCAUGCUGGGUUGGCGCACCCCCGAAGACCGCUCCGACCCCGACGCGUGCACGAUUAGCAAGGACCACGGCUACACUAUCUACUCGACCUUUGGCGCUUUCUACAUCCCGCUGCUGCUCAUGCUGGUUCUCUACGGGCGCAUCUUCCGAGCUGCGCGCUUCCGCAUCCGCAAAACAGUCAAGAAGGUGGAGAAGAAGGGAGCGGACACCCGCUUUGGGGUGUCGCCGGCCCCGCAGCCCAAGAAGAGCGUAAACGGCGAGCCGGGGAGCAGAGAAUGGAGGCAGGGUGUGGAGAACAAGGCAGGGGGGACUCUGUGCACCAAUGGCGCGGUGAGGCAGGGUGAGGACGGCGCCGCCCUGGAGGUGAUUGAAGUGCACAGGGUGGGCAAUUCCAAAGAGCACCUGCCGCUGCCCAGCGAGGCGGGUGCUAUCCCUUGCACCCCCGCCUCCUUCGAGAAGAAGAAUGAGCGCAACGCCGAGGCCAAGCGCAAGAUGGCCCUGGCCCGGGAGAGGAAAACGGUGAAGACGUUGGGCAUCAUCAUGGGCACAUUCAUCCUUUGCUGGCUGCCCUUCUUCAUCGUGGCCCUGGUCCUGCCCUUCUGUGAGAGCAGCUGCCACAUGCCCACCCUGCUGGGAGCCAUAAUCAACUGGCUGGGCUACUCCAACUCUCUGCUCAACCCUGUCAUUUACGCCUACUUCAACAAAGACUUCCAAAACGCGUUUAAGAAGAUCAUCAAGUGCAAGUUCUGCCGCCGAUGAUGGUCGAGUAGUCGGCGAGUAGGUCCGCCCCAUCCUCUCUGCCUCCUCCAGUCUUCUGGAAUCAACACUUCUGAUAGCUCGCUAAUUUCCUCUCACUUUCUCCGCUGCUUGGGGUCCCCGCUUCCAGACCUCGUCCCUCCACUUCCGUCGCCCAAUACCCUGCUCGGAGGGAGUGCGCUUUGUGCAAAGAGCCCCAGAGAAAGGUCUGGAGGGGGUGGGAAACUCCCCUUUCCGUGAUAAGCGACCUUGGCUCAGCCUUUGGCCUCAGAAUCAGUUCUGAACUCUGCACUGGCCUCCUCCCUCUUCCGAAUCCCAAAUCUUCGCGGCGGAAGUUUAAGCCUAAGCCAUUCAAGGCAAAAAAAUCUACACAGAUAAAUAAACAGUACACGCAGCCGCCGCGCCCACUAACCGCUCCCACACGAUCGCCCCACAGCGAGAACUUGGAUUUAAGGUUCAGGAGUUUGCUUCAUUCCCGAUUUCCAAACCUACCCCGCCAUCCUACCCUAGAAACUCACUUUCCCCCACCAGUUUCAUGCCUAGGUUUGCUAGUCGGGAAAAGCUGGAGGGUCUGUUUUUCCCAGUGACUGUGGUGUUCCUGGGAAUCCCCGCCCCCCCGUGUAGACUUGCAGAGUAUCUCUUCCGCGCACAGCCCCUGCUCUGUCUUCCUGGACUCCAAACAAGUGGCCAGAAGCUGUCUCUUAGAGUGCACUUGUUAUGUUUGUUAAUUCCACUGCUUUCUGGUAUCAGAAUGAUGACUGCAGGGCAUGGUGAGCCUAGGUACACCCCACAGGGAACACAGAGGUCGAGGGUAUUUCGGCCCCAGAAGAGAGCUCUCUGAAGCGGCAGGCAGCCUUGUACAGACAAUGUAAAUGAAGAGGACUCCCUGGUCAGAGAGGAGUAUGGCGCCACAUGUGUUAAGAGCUGGAUCUCUAAUUCUCUAGAUAAAAGGAGCCCCAAGUAUGUCUCUAGAGACUGGGAAAAUGGAAGCAACAAAGAAGAAAGAUUGAAAGCAGGAAGAACUGAAGAUUCUUGUGAAUGAGGGAGUCACUGAAGGAGCCAAGUCUUAAGAAGGCAAGAGAUUGAAGGAUUGAGCUCUGAGGUGGAGACUUUCUGUGAGACAGGAGGUGAAGGGACACAUAUGAAGAGGUAGAGAGAAUCCAGCUUUGGGGAGAAAGGAAGCUAUUGUAUGAGGAUCAACCUGUCAGUGGUUUCAUUUGAGAGUUAUAUGCCACAGGUCAUAUUGAUGCCACAGGUCAGUUGAUGCCUCAGGUCAACAGUUAAAAUGAAAGCACACUUGUGCUGGAGAAUCUGCUACCUGGGAGCCAAAUGAAAUUGCAUGGAAUUGGAGGCUGUAAGUGGUACCUGUUGAGAGUAGCCUUGGAGUUUGAGCUGUCUUUACACUAGUCUAUAUAUGACCUCUUUUUUGGUCCCUUCUGGCCUGGCUUCAUCCUUCACCACCUUUGGCAUGGUUUGAAAUAAAGAGAAUGGGAAAUCAAACAUAAGGGUCCCUUCUAGGGCUGGCAGUUGCUCUGAUAUCCUCCACUUUACCAUUGCCUCUAAGAAUAUGUAGAAUCCUUCACUAUUGAAGCUUUGACAAACAGGAGAGAAUAUAUGCCUGAUAAUUUUUUUAUUCAAGAAGUAAGAUAACAAGUGAUAGGAGUGAGGGCAAUGAUGUCAGCAGGGUAAAUAAAGUCUAGAGUAGUUAAUACAGCUAAAAUUAUACUAGCGAUUUUAGAACAGGGAUUCUUAAACUGUCAAGCAGUUCAGUUUUUAAGUUAUCUGCUGAUACUAGACAUCUGGCUUUGUACUAAACCAGAUCCAUGCGAAUGGCUAACUCCUAGCUUAUUUUGUGGUUCUUUUCCAACUCUCCCUGGUUGCCAAACCCUAUUGCUCUACCUCUAGGUCUCUCAUAUAUACUCUUCCUAUUUUUUUUUUAAAUUUCCCACAUUCUAAUUUUAGGUUUUAGUUCAUGCCUUUAAUUCAUGAUUGCAUGAUUGUUCCAGCUUCCUAUGUUACCUUAUAUUCCAUCUUUUUACUCACUUCUCCUUUUAUUCAGUCUUGAGUACCACUAUUAAAUUAACAUCUUAUGGCAAAAGAUUCCCCAUAUUUAAGUGUACUUCUCACAAUAUAACCAGUUCCUCCUAACCUCAUGCUGAGAUUAAAUAGAUAAUAUCUGGAGAUAUUUAGAAUAACUCUUUU